GCGAGAUGAAGGAAAUCGAGGGCAAUCAAGUUAUGUUUACAGUUUUAGAAAUUGGUGGGAUGGAUUUGCAAAAGUAUUUUGAUAAAAUAAUUAAAGAUGAAGAGGGUUAUGUAGAAGAAGAAGAAGAAGAAGGUUAUGUAGAGGAAGAAGAGGGUUUUGUAGAGGAAAGAACACACGAAGAUUUUCUUGUAAAAGUUUUUAGAGGGGCUGCUAAAGCACUUACACAAUUCCAUAAAUGUAGGAAUUCUUUGAUGAAUUUUAAGUAUGUAAAAAUAAUUUUUAUUUAGAUGGAAUUCAUGGAGAUAUUAAGCUAGAAAAUUUUAUUGUUUCAUUAGGGAAAAUUUAUGAUGAGAAUGUGAUUGAAUGUAAAUUAAUAG